AUGCAAGCACCCACGUUGGCUCACUGGGAAGCUGCUUUACGUGUUGUACGUUACCUAAAGGGUUCGCCUGGUCAAGGCAUUUUUCUUCACUCCGAUCCCGAUCUUACGCUUAUUGUGUACUGUGACGCAGACUAUGAUUCAUGUCCGUUGACUCGUCGUUCUCUUAGUGCCUUCGUCAUUAUGCUUGGAGGCUCACUUGUGGCUUGGAAAACAAAGAAGCAGGUAUUCGACUGUGUAUGUUGUAGACCAUACAAGGAUUCUAGCUCCAAAGACAUGCAGUAA